CAGUGCUGUUCAAGCAUGGAGCUCAAAGCAACGUCUGUGCUGCUGCUCGUCUGCGUCACCAUCAUCAUCCUCACCAGCGCUGAAGUGGAUGCCAUUCCCAGUUGUUGUGUGAGCGUUUCAAAGAACAUCCCUCGGAGCAAGCUGCGUUUGGUCUCCAAAUAUGAGAUCCAGCGCAAAUCUGGUGUCUGUGACAUCGAUGCAUUGAUAUUGCACAUCAGAAGGAAGUGGAUCUGUGCUGAUCUCGGAGUCUUGAGACGCUUGGAGAAACUCAAGAAGAAUCACAAACCCAAACGGACUCAAGCGAAGACUGAAUGAGCAUCCUCAUCUGUCUGAUAAUGCAUGAAUCUACCAGCAGCUUCAGUGGCCUACUUGUUGGAUUGCAUGUUUUAAAAGUCCUUUUUAAAAAAAAAUUUUUUAACUACAAUAUACUGUAUAUAAUCUUUGUAUGCUCAGCUUUUUAAUGCAAUAAAAUGCCCUUUUCUAGUUUUGGCUGUACAGUAUGUUGGUUGAUUUUUCACAUUAACCCAAACAAGUGAAAUGUGUGAUGUAAAAGAGCUAAUGUGAGUUAC